UUGGCGCUGGUCUCUGUGCCUCGGCCGUUGUUUUUGAAAGCUCCGGCGGCACUUUCUUCUUUCAUUGUGUGCGCUCGAUCCUUUUGGCUCUGGCAAAGAAACGCGUGGCAGCUUUCAUUUUCGAUCGAUAGCGAACCGGUUCGGACUAAACGGUUAAUAUUAUUACUUAAUCCAGCUUUCAUGCAAUCGCCAUCCUGCCAGCCAUGAGAUUGCUGCAUCUGGGCCUGGAUUUCGUCAUGGUGGCUUUGCUGCUGCGCCAGGUGCUGGCCACCAUUAGACAUUCGCGCGAAAUUAUUAUCACAGAUGCGGUGCGCCGCAUACAGCACGAUGGCUACAAUGUGGAGCAGCACAGGGUAAUAACUAAGGAUGGGUACGUGCUGACCUUACAUCGCAUACCCCAAGUCCAACUGGAUGCGAAUGGAACGUUUUAUACCGUACUGCGACGCCCUGUGGUAUUCUUGCUCUCCGGCCUCUAUGCCUCAUCGGAUGUGUGGCUGCUCAACGGACGGGAGGACUCGCUGGCCUAUUUACUCUGGCGCGCUGGCUACGAUGUGUGGCUAGGCAACAAUCGCGGCAACAUCUAUUGCCGCCACAAUCUGUGGCUCAACACGACAGAUCGCGAGUUCUGGAACUUUAGCUGGCACGAGAUGAGCGUCUACGAUAUGCCCGCCCAGAUUGACCAUGUGCUGCGCACUAGCGGGGUAUCGCGGAUGCAUUUCGUGGGCAUCUCGCAAGGCGGCACAGUGUUCCUGGUGCUCAACUCAAUGCUGCCCCAAUACAAUGCGGUCUUCAAGACGGCCACGCUGCUAGCUCCAGUCGCCUAUGUGGACAAUACUCAAAGUGGUUUGGCCAAAAUCAUUGGACCGAUCUUGGGCACCCGUAACUACAUCUCUAAGAUCCUCGAGGGCGUUGAGAUGUUCUCAACGAACAAGUUCUUUAAGAAGUUUCUGUCGAUGACCUGUCUGGACAAUGAGAAGCCGUUGGUGUGCAUCACCCGGCUCUGGCCAGCGGUUGGCUAUGAUACGCGCUUCCUCAACAAGACCCUGCUGCCGGAUCUCAUGGCCAAUUUUCCGGCGGGUGGUUCCGUGAAGCAGCUAAUGCACUAUUUUCAGGGAUACGUGUCUAGAAAAUUUCGACAGUACGAUUACGGCCCGGAACUCAACUGGCUGCACUAUCAGCAGCUGGAGCCGCCGGAGUAUGUACUGGAAAAUGUGAAGACGCCGGUCACAAUAUUUUUUGCGGAAAACGACUAUAUAGUAGCGCCAGCGGAUAUCUGGCGUCUGGUCGCGCGUCUGCCCAACGUCGAGGCCGUCUACAAGGUACCCUGGAAGCGCUGGAAUCACUUUGACUUCAUCUGCGGUCUGGGUGUGCGCGAAUACAUCUUUGACAACAUUGUGCUGUCCAUGAAUCGAUAUGAGCAGCGCCGCAGGCGUUGAUC